AUGGGCCCGAUUGUGACAAUAAACGAAAAAUCCGAACAUGGAGAAAUAGCCAAGCCUUCAACUCGGCGAAGGUAUCGGGGUCCUCAGCCAAGUACCUCUCGUCUCCGCAGGCUGCAACCAGAUGUGGAGAUUCGAUGGCGGCAGAACCGCUUUUCGCACUUUCCGGAUGCUAUAAACUCGCCUUGUCAUCUCCAGCAUUUUCAAUUGAACCAGUUUGGGAUGAAGCAAUUGUCUCUCUAUCCAUCUUUUCGUUUCGUAAUCUCGCCUACAAGUGCUGUAAUAUUCCGCUCCGGCAUCCACAGCGUGCGAUCGUACACUGGAAGUUUUGUGGCACAGCUUCUCAAUUCCAUAAGUAUAUUGACCCGAGCGAAUUUCCUCGGGGUGAAAUUAGCACUUCUUCGUGCUCAAAAUCUCGUUCCGAUCUUUCUUGCUUCGCGGCCUUCGUGACAUUCGCUGACCAGAUUGAAGAACGAUGGCUCUGCGCGUGGGAUUCCUCGGCGCCCACGAGGUGGCGGAAUUCGGCUCGAUGGCGGGCUUCGAGUCCGUUCAUCCGACACUCCUCGCGUCCGAAGUCGCGUUGUGAUUCACUUCCGAUCAGGCAUGGUUGUUCCAGGCAUUCGCGAGCCAACCCGGCUCGAGCGCUUUUGAAUUCGACUGCAUGGCGACGGUGGACACCACAGUGUUUGAGAAAUUUGAUGGCGCGGGCCCAAGUAACAAAGGAUUAGAUUCAGGGGUAUAGUACGGUGAGGGAUAACUACAGUAGAACCUGUCUAACUUAAUACUGUCGGACCGGCCGUUUUGUAUUAGUUUAGACAAUUUAUUAAUAAAGAGAGAUUCUCUCUUCCUG